AUGACUUUUGAAACAUACCUUCAUGAGGCCACUAGGCGCGGCUCCGACCGCACUCUCCCAGGUGUUGUCGUUAUAGCAGCCGACAAAAAUGGAAUCACCUAUACUCACGCCUCUGGAACACAGUCCCUGGAUCCCACUUCCCCUCUCUUUAAAAAAUCAUUCGCAGUUGACACUACAAUGUGGAUUGCCUCGUGCACAAAACUCCUCACAGCAAUUAGCAUCCUGCAGUGUGUGGAGAAGGGGCUCCUUAAUCUCGAUACCGACCUCUCAGAUGUUCUUACCGAGUUUAAGGAGAUUCAAAUCCUCACUGGAUUCGAAGAUGAAAAACCAGUCUACAAAAAACCGGAGACUAAAAUCACCCUGAGAGCUCUUCUUACCCACAGCAGUGGUUUUGGAUAUGCAGCAUUUGAUCCGAAGCUUAUGAAAGAAGUUGAAUAUAGAGGUGGUAAAAUUGAUAUGACAGGCGACUUGCUCGAACACAUUUUGCUCCCUCUUCUUUACGAACCAAAUACGUCCUGGUCCUACGGAGUCGGGCUUGAUUGGGCUGGCCUCGCACUUGAACGAGUCACGGGACAAUCUCUCUCCGCCUACAUGGAUGCAAAUAUUAUCAAUCCACUUAGCAUGACAUCCACGUCCUUCAAACUCCUGUCAAGACAAGAUAUCAUGGCAGCUCGAUCAGACAUGAGUAUGCGGCUCCCAGAUGGCUCUCUCUCCCCAAGCCCCACACGCUUCUUUCCCGACAAUGCCAAGGAUGACUACGGUGGAGCUGGCCUCUUUUCUUGCGCACAGGAUUACGUCAAAGUUUUAAUUGAUCUCCUGCAGGAUGACUCAAAAUUGCUCUCCCUGGCAAGUAAGGAAGAGUUGUUCAAGCAGCAGCUUUCCACCGAGUCCAAGACGGCGCUGAAUUUCCUGCUGUAUGGCGAUUACGAGGGCAACAAGGAUGGAGAAGUGGGCGCCAUGUUCAGUGGUGGGUUGCCAACAGGAACAAAUGUGGGCUAUUCGCUUGGAGGUAUGCUAGUAGAUGACACUAAUGGUGCGGGUCCGAAUCGGAGGAGAAAAGGCGCGUUAUCGUGGAGUGGACUGCCAAAUUUGCAUUGGAUGGUUGACAGGGAGAAAGGAGUUGCGCUAUUUUAUGGGAGUCAGCUGCUUCCUCCGGGGGACGUGAAAACAGGGGAGGCUUUUAGUAAGUUUGAGGAGGCCAUUUAUAAGGGGGAGCUUUAA